AUGCAUACAAAUUGGCUGGCACUUACGAUAACACUUUUGGAAGCAAACACACUGGGACGACAUACAAAGCGUUUUUCUGGAUUCAGUGCAGCAGGAAUUGCUGGAACCGCUGGAUGUGUUGUUGCUGGUGAAAAACUAUUCAUAAAUGGCCUUUAUUCUCGGAAUUUGACGUCUACAGAGCAGCUUGAACUCGAAAUGUACCUUAAAAAAUUAAGUGACUACAAAAAGGAAAUAAAGGAAUUGGACGAUAAACGCAGACUCUGGCUUACAAGAAAAUAUGACCAGAAAAAUGUUAAAGCAAAUGAAAACACUACUAAUAUAAAUUUCCCUAAAGCCCCCAAAAAACCGUCAUUCUGCUCUGCUGCAGAAACCACUCAGUAUUACUUUGAAGGCUGCAUGGUUCAGAAUGGUAAAGUAUAUGUAGGACAAGAAUAUGUUCGAGAUUUAUCAGAGAAAGAAAAAGAAGACCUGAAAAUUUUUGAUGCAAAGAUGGUUGCAUAUCAGAAACAUUUGACUUCCUUCAUUCAACAUCAAAUAAAUUCUGUAUUUACGGAUAAAUUAGAUCUGUUCAAUAUAUUCAAAGAUUUUCGUUCCCGAAAUUCAUUGGAGACAGAAACAACAACUACUGUGGCAACGCCACAAACCACCACAACUCCAGUUGAAAUGCCAGAAGCUCCAACAUUCUGUAUCACAAUCUACUGA